AUGACCGUCACUCGUAUUUGCUUCCGCAUCACGGGAGUAUCAUGUAUCGGGAUUAAGAGUAUCCCAAAAGCUCCCCAGUUUACCAGCACUACUUUUAUGAGAAGCAAAGUAACUCUUCCAGAACUUCCCUAUGACUAUGGGGCGCUAGAGCCUUCCAUCUCAGGCAAGAUCAUGGAGAUUCAUCAUCAAAAUCACCACCAAACAUAUGUGAACGGUCUCAACACCGUCACAGAACAGCUACAAGAAGCUGUAUCAAAACAAGAUGUAGCAAGCCAAAUUUCCUUACAACCACUGAUCAAAUUUCAUGGGGGUGGACAUGUCAACCACUCACUAUUUUGGCAAAACCUGGCGCCGAGCAAGAACGGUGGAGGAGGUCAACCAGAGGGAGACCUAAUGAAAGCUAUCAAAGAAACCUAUUCUUCCUUCGGAAAUUUCAAGUCUCAAUUUAGCACGGCUCUAGCUGGGAUACAAGGCAGCGGUUGGGGCUGGCUUGUCAAAGAUAAUGAGACUGGAAACAUACAGAUUCGCACAUACGCUAAUCAGGACCCGGUAGUGGGAAGGUAUACUCCUCUUCUCGGCAUUGACGCCUGGGAACAUGCGUACUAUCUACAGUAUCAGAAUCGCAAGGUGGAAUAUUUCAAUAGGAUUUGGAAUGUCAUUAACUGGAAGACGGUAGAAGAAAGAUUUAAGUAA